UCGAAAAGCAUGUUGUUUACUUUUGAUAGGUCCGGCAAACUUUUUCCAAUGUAAACACGCAACAAUGACUCCUCAGGUGCAAAAAGCUAUUCAGGAAAUGCAAAAUAAUUCCAUACUUUGGAAUACAAAAGAUUAUCGCUAUCUCUCGCCAUAUCGAACUGCAGUUUUACAUGUAUCAGCCAGGAGAAUGGGAGUAUCUCCUCAAAGACUCAAUUUACUUGUGAAGUACAUUAAAAAGGAAUAUAGCAAGACUAGGAAACAAUUAGAGGCGCCAGGAAAGGGCAAUCAGACCAAUGUUCAUUGGAAAUGGUACAAAUAUUGUCAUUUCCUGAGAGAAUUGAAAAAUCCACCGAAUUAUUUAAAACCAGCUGAAAUUUCUAAUGAUAACGACUCAUCUGGAAAUGCUUCAAACCGCUCAAGUCAAACCCAUCAACCUGAAGAGUCUGAACAUAUUCCCAUCAAAGAUGAAGAACCUGAUGAAGAUGAUGACGAUGAUGUAGGAUCAGUAACGAAAGUGUACAUUGUGGACACUCGUCCACAAAUGAAACCUGAAGAUCAGGAAGAGGACAGUCGAGAAUCAAUUCAUCAUCAUUCAGAUCCGCCAGGAUCAACACACUCGGAAGAUGAUCAUGCGCCAAUGGACGAAAGUGAUAAGGAACGGGACUCUACCGAAAACAGCAGAAGGCAAGACAAAAGCAACAAGGAAUUUCUUAUUAAAGGCGUUUGCUCCUCCGUUCGAUACAAUCUUUCCAAUGAUAAAAUUUCUGAGGAUGAAGUCAUAGAAUUUCAUGGAGAAUUACUCAAGUACAUGCAUUCAUAUUUUAAGAACAAAUUCAAAUAAAACAAUUCUUAUU